UGUCUUGAUGACCUCCCCACAUCCUUAAAAGGUGGAGACGUAGCGGUGCCUUCUCAGCUGACGCCUUUGACCCUUGACCCCCCCCAAGGGGAACAAGGAAAAUGCAUAAUAAACAAAAAGACGUUAGAAAGAAAGAAUGUCAAAAUAUACUUCCAAUACGUAGACGUCAAUGACAUCAGAGACUGCAGCACGCAGCGCGACACCACCUCGGAGAGUCUGGGUGUGGACGCCCCUGGCUCCUCCCACAUGUCAAGUCACAGCGGGGAGCUGCGGAUCCUGAGCGUUUACGGACAAGGGGAGGGCCCACUGGCGGUGGAUGGUUGGUGGAAGGUUUCUCCCAACAAUGCCAAUAUGAUCGUACACAUGAGGACCCGACCAGACGAGAAGCCGUACGGGUGUGACCAAUGCACGAAGUGCUUCAGUCAGAAAGGCAACCUGAAAAUCCACAUGAGUACGCACUCCGGGGAGAAGCCCUACAGGUGUGACCAAUGCGCAAAGCACUACAGUCAUAGCUACAUCCUCAAGAUGCACAUGAGGACCCACACCGGCGAGAAACCCCACAGGUGUGACCAAUGCAGGAAGCGCUUCAGUCUAAGUGAACACCUAAAGGGCCACAUGAAACACACCGGGGAGAAACCCUACAGCUGUGACCAUUGCAAAAAGCGCUUCGCUCGGCAUGGCGACCUGAACGUCCACAUGAGGACUCACUCCGGCGAGAAGCCCUACAAGUGUGACCAAUGCACGAAGCGCUUCAGUCGGACAAGCAGCCUGAAGACCCACAUGAGGACUCACUCCGGCGAGAAGCCCUACAGGUGUGACCAAUGCCCGAAGCGCUUCAGUCAAACAAGCCACCUGAAGCGCCACAUGAUGACUCACUCCGGCGAGAUGCCCUACAAGUGUGACCAAUGCACGAAGCGCUUCAGUCGGACAAGCAGCCUGAAGACCCACAUGAGGACUCACUCCGGCGAGAAGCCCUACAGGUGUGACCAAUGCCCGAAGUGCUUCAGUCUGAAAGACCACCUGAAGACCCACAUGAGAACUCACUCCGGCGAGAAGCCCUACAAGUGUGACCAAUGCACGAAGCGCUUCAGUCAUGGCUGCAACCUGAAGAACCACCUGAGGACUCACUCUGGCGAGAUGCCCUACAAGUGUCACCAAUGCACGAAGCGCUUCAGUCGGACAAGCAGCCUGAAGACCCACAUGAGGACUCACUCCGGCGAGAAGCCCUACAGGUGUGACCAAUGCACGAAGUGCUUCAGUCUGAAUGGCAGCCUGAAGAUCCACCUGAGGACUCACUCUGGGGAGAAGCCCUACACGUGUGACCAAUGCACGAAGUGCUUCAGUCUGAAAGGCAGACUGAAGAUCCACCUGAGGACUCACUCUGGGGUGAAGCCCUACAAGUGUGACCAAUGCACGAUGCGCUUCAGUGUGAAAGGCAACCUGAAGAUCCACACGAGAACUCACACCGGCGAGAAGCCCUACAGGUGUGACCAAUGCCCGAAGGGCUUCAGUCUGAAAGGCACCCUGAAGAUCCACAUGAGGACUCACUCCGGGGAGAAGCCCUACAAGUGUGACCAAUGCACAAAGUGCUUCAGUCGGACAAGCCACCUGAAGCGCCACAUGAGGACUCACUCCGAGGAGAAGCCCUACAAGUGUGACCAAUGCACAAAGCGCUUCAUUCGGACAGACUAUCUGAAGAUCCACAUGAGGAUCCACACCGGGGAGAAGCCCUGCGUGUGUCUGCAGUGCAAAGCCAGCUACAGCGACCCAAGCGCUUUGCGAGUGCACAUGCUCAAGCACACUUUGGCACGGGGUAACGGGACGCUUUGAUUGAGACCUAUGUCCUGUAUUGGUUGAAAUUACUGCUUUUAGUUUUUCUUUUCAUCACGAUUAAACGCUUUCAACUUUUGAUUCGCUUUCAGUUUUUAUUGAUAAUCGAUGUCUCUGUUUAACUCAUUUCUAGGACACUUCUGACAGCAAAAUAUUUGAUUUAAUGUAGAGCUUGAUCAGGGGAAGAUACAGGCAGCAAAGUUACCAAGCUUACAGUCAAUGAGACGAUGGUACAUGAUUCUUAUAGGAAACGUUGACAUCGUGGGUAAAUACAAAGGAAACAAAGGUCAGGGGGAGGGGCCUUCGUGGAGUUUAGGAUUGGCGAGAGGAGAGACCGAGUUAAAUUGCAAUUCACAAUAUGGGUGAAGUGGACAUGGCUGCAAGACGGUUAAAGGAAUCUACACAACAAAGAAUUCUGGAUUGGCCUCAGUAUCAAACUUGGUGCCCACAGUUGCAAAUGCAAACUAUCUUAACACCUUUCAAUUAGAGAGGGUGGGAGGUAUCUAGGUCCAUGGAGAAUGCAUAGAAAUUUAUUGAAAUUGACUUAUUCAAACAGGGUUCAUAUAAUUGGUAUAUUAAAGUUAUGCUUGACAUUGCCACAACAUUGUCAUUACCGUUAUCUUUGUUAUUACAAAAAGCCUGCAAAGUUCACUUGUGAAGUAGACUGAGAUUAAACCCCACAUUAUACAUGAUUGUGUUCAUUCCACUGACCUUUCCACUCCGUGCGCUUAAUGCUAACUACCUUGGAUGGAUUGUCUCAUAAUAGGUGAUAAUGGUUGAAGAUGAUCCAUUUUAAAAGGUCCCUGGUUAAAUGUCUAGAUCUCAGUGAUGCUCAGUUUAGGCCGGUCCUCCCUCUACAAUGCAGCAUUAUUCUAACGGGACAAAGUCAGAAGAUUCCUAGCAUUGGUCCCCCUUCACUCCCUGUUUGCAGCGGCGGCUGGUGAUCCAAUUCGUGGGUGGGGUGCAGUAAUGGACGGGGGUCCUCCCCAAGAAAAUAUAGAAUAGGUUCCUGGGAUGCCCACUAGAAAAAUGUAUUCUGAUUCAUUGCCUACAUCCUGAAUUGCAGGGCCUGGACAAGCUUACACUGCUUUCACUUUCAUUCCACUAGCCAUUGCUAUUUGACCCAUGGUUUUUAUUCUGAUAUUGAGGCAUAUCAUGAUCAAUGUCCUAUAGUGUUUUACCGGAGUCUCGAGGUCAAUUUCAAAUGCUGUUUGGGACCGUUGUAUCAUUUUUUUUUUAUAUGCUACAGGCCAAAUGACUUAAUUAACAUGUAAUUUACUUGUUCCUUUUAAGUAUAACAUUGCAUGAGGAGUCCAAUUCCUCCACUGACAUGGGUAGAAAGUGCUUUUACGGCUCUCUGCUAGUUAACUAUCUGUCACUUCUCUCUGCUUGUAGUUAUGUUGCACAAUGCACGAAUGCUGCUGAGGGAGGUAGCCUAUUUGAUUCAUUGGCUGAAAUGUCCAAUCAGCUCCAAAUUACUGCAAUGAGUUGAAACACAAGACACAGUAUAGUGUCAAGUGUUUCUUUAAUACUCUUGGUAGGAUAACAAACCUACCAUGAUUUAUCGUUCCUUAUGUCGUAUGGUCAUGUACAGGGGUUGGGUUUGUGUCGGGUCUCUUCUUUUUCUGUUUACUAAUUAUUUGUGUGUGUGUGUGUGUGUGUGUGUGUGUGUAUGUGUGUGUGUGUGUGUGUGUGUGUGUGUGUGUGUGUGUGUGUGUGUGUGUGUGUGUGUGUGUGUGUGUGUGUGAAACUUUGAACCAAUGCAAAAGGCUUAAAUUUGUUAAGAGCUGGAGCAGUGAAUUUCUGUUUUUCUUUUCUUGUUUGAUGGUUUCGGUUCAUCUGUUCAAAUAUUGUGUUAUUGUUUGGUCCAAAAGCUUUGAUUUCUUUUAACAAACGAGCUGAACAUCAUCAUCAUCAUAAUUAAAAAAAAACGGUAUCAUUUGAA